CUCAAAGGUCACAGCUCAGUCGCCUCGCCUCGCCCCGCACAUAAUCCCCCAUUCCCAUCUCUUUCUUUCUCCUUUCCAAUCCUUUCUUCCUCCUCUGGAAAAUAUAUAACCAUACAAACCUCACAUUCUUCCCCAAUCUAACACCGAUUGUCUGUCUCUCUCUGAACUUCACCUCUCAGUUUCUGCUGCAAGGGAGAGGAGUGAGUUCUUGCAUUACCGCGUUUCUGUUACUUCUUGCUCGCCUUUUAUUGCAACAAUGGCGGCAGCUUCGGCUAGGGUGGAUCUGGACGGGAAGCCAAUCAAGCCGAUGCAGAUAUGCAUGAUCGGCGCCGGAGGCUUCAUUGGCUCGCACCUGUGCGAGAAGGUCCUGGCGGAGACGCCGCACAAGAUCUUGGCUCUGGAUGUGUACAACGACAAGAUCAAGCACCUCCUGGAAGGAGAUAACGCGUCCUUCACUGAGCGGAUUCAGUUCCACCGCAUCAACAUCAAGCACGACUCUCGCCUUGAAGGCCUCAUCAAGAUGUCAGAUCUGGUCAUAAAUCUGGCGGCGAUCUGUACCCCGGCUGAUUACAACACUCGUCCGUUGGACACGAUCUACAGCAAUUUCAUCGAUGCGCUCCCUGUGGUGAAGUACUGCUCUGAGAACAACAAGCGUCUCAUUCACUUCUCGACUUGUGAAGUGUAUGGUAAAACCAUUGGGAGCUUUCUUCCCAAAGACAGUCCUCUUCGUGAGGAUCCUGCCUACUAUAUCCUAAAAGAAGAUGAAUCGCCUUGCAUCUUUGGCUCAAUUGAGAAGCAAAGAUGGUCUUAUGCAUGUGCCAAGCAGUUGAUUGAAAGGCUGAUAUAUGCUGAGGGUGCUGAGAAUGGCCUCGAGUUCACUAUUGUGAGGCCAUUCAACUGGAUUGGCCCCAGGAUGGAUUUCAUUCCUGGCAUUGAUGGCCCGAGUGAGGGUGUACCCAGGGUUUUGGCAUGCUUUAGCAAUGCUCUCCUACGACGUGAACCACUUAAGCUUGUAGAUGGUGGCCAAUCUCAGAGGACAUUCAUCUACAUCAAAGAUGCCAUCGAAGCAGUUAUGCUUAUGAUUGAAAAUCCUGCCAGGGCUAAUGGCCACAUAUUCAACGUGGGCAAUCCUAACAAUGAAGUAACUGUUAGGCAGCUUGCUGAAAUGAUGUCAGAGAUCUAUGCCAAGGUUAGUGGUGAUGCUGCUUUGCAGUCACCAACAAUGGAUAUCAGCUCGAAGGAAUUCUAUGGAGAGGGAUAUGACGAUAGUGACAAGAGAAUCCCAGACAUGACCAUAAUCAAUAGGCAACUCGGUUGGAACCCAAAGACAUCGCUGUGGGACUUGCUGGAGUCGACUCUCACCUAUCAGCACAGGACAUAUGCCGAAGCUAUUAAGAAGGUUAUAGCGAAACCCACAGUGAGCUGAAGAAAUACGUAAGAGAAUGUUUGAACUAUACUCUUCUGAGGAAGUGCCACAAUUCAUUGUAAUGAAAUCCUUUUGAGAAAGUCCGACUUUAUAGUUUGAUCCCUCCCUCAUAUAGGCUUAUGGUUUUAUUUUUUUGUUCUUUUGCCCCAUUCUGGGGUUUCCUUUUGGUCUUGCCUAGCAAUCAGCAAGAGUCCAGUGUAGUAAGAAAUACGUUUCGUUCGUACGGGAGGCCGUUAGUUCUGGACAUAGUUAUGAAUGUGCUGCUGUUCUGUUAAUGCCAUAAACUUGUAAGUGGAGCUUUCGAGCUUUUGGGCUGUUGCUAGGUAAAAGAAGGGAGGAGAUGUACAAGUUGGUUGAGUUGUUCAGAUGGAAUGUUUGCUCUUUGCUUGCCAAUAUAAUUCCUCUCUGUAUUCUGCUUCUUCAGGAAUGUUUUGUAUGAAGGAAUUUGUUGACUCUGUAUGAAGGUUAACUUCUUUAUAUUGUUUGCAUUAUAGUGCUUCCUGAUUUCCUUGUGAUUUCUUCUUUAUAUAGUGCUUGAGGUUGUGCGAGUGCCUUGGCUGUUGAUUCGAUCGAAGAUUCU